CAAAGAUGAAAGACAGGAAGGCUUUUGAGAAGAGAUAUGUACUAUUUCUGGCAUGCUACCUCUUGGCAUGCGCAACUCUGACUAUUAUUGCUCCUAUCAUGCCAUAUCAGAUGAAGGAGAAGGGAGUACCCACUGCACUUAAUUCUAUAGUCUUUUGAAUCUUCUCAUUCGCAGGCUUUCUUGGUUCUAUUUACGGAGGAAAAUAUCUGGCAGCUAAAGGAGCAAAAUUCUUUGUCUAUUCAGGCCUUCUAGGACUGGGUCUUUCUCAUCUUAUAUAUGCUUAUCUGUCCUUUAUUGAUGACAAAUACAUAUUCACAGUGGUUAUUAUCCUUAACAGAUGCCUUGAAGGGUGGUCCUUUGGUUUAAUACAAUGAAUAGAUAAUAAUUUGAAAAUAAGAAGAACAAGAUGAGUCAGAAGCUUGAAAUCCCUAUAAGGUGUGAGCGAGAUUUGACUCAGUAUAGCUUCAAGUUCCUUUACUGGUCCUCUCUCUUUCAAGCUUCAUAACUUGUUAACAUUUAUUCUCAAUAACACGCCCUUACUUCUUAUCUACUUAUAUGGAAGAGCAUCUUCUGGGUAAGCCCUGCUACACCUCUUCCUUCUAGCAUUGGGAAAGUGGUUGGGUUUUUUAUCAUUAUCAAAGUUCUGAAUAACCUAUGUCAAAUAUCAUUAGGAAGCAUCCGUCUUUAUGACUUACCCUAUCUGCAAUUUUCAAUAAUUUUUUAAA